AGAAAUGACUCUGAGCUGUGCACAGAAAAACCAUUUAAAAUUUUAAAAAAUGAUGUUAAUUUUUUUUUAGAAAGCAUAAAGAACACAAGGUUAUAGGUAACCUUUGACUUAGGAUCAAAAUAGGAACGAAAAAUUUCCGUGACUUAAACCAGGAGGUUAUUAAAUAAGUCUCUUUCCCCCCCAACCCUGUUUUAUCCUCACAACUACCCUCCAAGGAGUUCACACAACACAACCAGAAAUAGUGUAGGUCUCCUGCCAGAGCAGGGGGUUGGAGUAGAUGACCUCCAAGGUCCCUUCCAAGUCUAUUACUGUUACUGAUGUGUCUAAAGCUGCGUUAACAAAACCCAAUGCUCGUGUUUGAACUAUUUUCUCGGUUCAACUUCAACCCAAUAAUAUGAACUUCAACUAACCUAUCAUUCCCGGCUUGGUUUUUUACUUAGUUGGCUGCAUGGAGGAAACCCACCUCCCCAAAACUCCAACUGGAUUCAGACUCGGGCCCCACAGGGGUGAGGUUUUGCCGGUUUGCCUAAUUUCAUUUGCAAACCAUUUUUUUUUAUUAUUUUCGUAAAUAAUUGCCUGACUCAUUUGUAACAGUUUUUUUUUUAAUUUUCAUAAAUGUUUGCCUGAUUCACUUGCAACAAUUUUUCUUCGAUAAACAAUUCACCUGUUGCGGUUUUUUUUUACACCACGCUGUCAAUCGUUCUUUUAUGAAGAAAAUCCCACUUUUAAAAAAAAAAAAAAAAACACACACACACAUAAAACCUCCUUUUAUCUACCAGGCACAGAGGUUUAGCUAACCGAAGCCUCUUCUCCCCAUCCUGAAUUCAGAAUGACAAAAGAACAGGGUUGGAAAGGGGCCUUGGAGAUCUUCUAGUCCAACCAUCUCGAUCUGCUCCGUCCUGCAUCUUUACAGACGUUCACCCCUUCCAGCCUGCGCUAAAGCCAGGGUCCCGAUGCCCCAAACCAGGGCUGACCUUCUUGGCACCCCGCGCUUGCAAGAAGGGGACCCCAGCCUUCCUGCCUCCUCUGCCGCUUGGACUUCCCGGGCGAAGGAGGCGCGCUCUGCGCUGUGCCCGGAUCCCGAUGGCGCAGCCCUUUGUGAUGCCAGGGGAUGUUGCGCACGGCCAGCCGCGAUCCCUGCGCUCGGUGGCUCCGUUCCUCCUCCUCCACCUCUCGGGCAGCGAAGGAAAUUGCGUGCCGCGGAGGAGGAGACUGGCCGGCCCAAUGCGCAGCGCCCGGGCGCGCCGGAGAGGAGAGGUCCCCGCAGGCGGAGCGUCGGCCGGAGGAGGUGCCGUGCCAAGCGGCCAGGGCAGCGCGGAGGAGCGGACCUGCUUCCCGCAGCCGCCUCGGCCGCUCUCCGGGCGGGAGAAAACCCGCCUGGCUUUUCUGGAGGAAGACAGAAGACCGCAACCAUGGCCAGCGACGUAGUGGAAGAUGAGCUGGAAUUCUACUCCAAGGCCGAAAAAUAUUGGAGGGACGUCCCCCCCACCGUGGACGGGAUGUUGGGGGGCUACGGGCAUAUUUCCAGUAUCGACAUUAGCAGCUCCCGAAAAUUUUUGCACCGGUUUUUGAGGGAUGGGCCAAACAGGACUGGCACAGCCUUGGCCUUAGACUGUGGCGCCGGCAUCGGGCGGAUCACGAAGCGUCUGUUACUGCCUCUUUUCAAAUCUGUGGACAUGGUAGAUGUGACGGAAGAUUUCUUGAACAAAGCCAGGACAUACCUCGGGACCGAAGGCCAACGGGUCCGAAAUUACUUCUGUUGUGGGUUGCAAGACUUCAGCCCAGAGCCUAACACCUAUGACGUUAUUUGGAUUCAGUGGGUGAUUGGACACCUGACGGACGAGCACCUCUUGCACUUCCUGCAAAGGUGUCGCCUGGGACUCCGCCCCAACGGCAUCAUCGUCAUUAAGGACAACAUGGCCCAAGAAGGGGUCAUCAUGGACGAAGUGGACAGUAGCGUCUGCCGGGACCUGGAGGUGGUUUGUAAGAUCAUCCGCCACGCCGGGCUGAGCCUUCUGGCCCAGGAGAAGCAGGAGAACUUUCCAGACGAGAUCUACCACGUCUAUACCUUAGCCAUGAGGUGAAGGAGAUCCGGGAAGCGUUCCCGUGGUGUUCCAGGACAAACCACGGUGGCCAGCGGUCCAGGAGGGAAGGGCCAAGAGGCGAGAUCAGCUGAGGGGAUCUCAAGAGGUGGGGAGCAGGGAGGGAAAUAUGGUGGUUGUGUCCCUGGGCGGCAAAAACAGACCGGGGCAGGGGAAGUAAAGGUAAGCCUGAUUGUAGUGUCCUAUGUUGGUUUGUUAUGAUGGUUGGAAAAAAAAAAAAAGACCUGAAGAAUACACCUUGUACGGUGCAGGCAAGUUGCCGAAUUGAAUCUCUAGAAUCUGCCUUUUUGGCUUGUUCCGAGUUUUUGUGCCAAAACGACCACGCACAAAAAUUAAACCCCAGAUGGGGUUUAAGAACAAUCCCCGUGUUUCCAAGCGAUCCGAAAUGACCCAAGAGGGAAACGAGAUGGGGAGGGAAGAGGGGAAAAAAAACAAACAAACCACGAACAGGCUCAAGAUGCUGCAUUUUGCUUUGCAAUUUUUUUUAAAACAAAAAACAAAAAGUUUUCCUUAAAACUCACGGUCAAUUAGGAUGAUACAACAGCAGCCUCGGGUGCCAAGAACUGCAGAUUGAAGAUCCUGAAUUGGGUAUGUCUAGCCUGGUGAAAGGAAAGC